AUGGCGGGCAAGGACGAGGUGUUGAAGGUUUUCCAGCAGAACAAUGUCGGCGGCCUCAUCUCAGAAAGUGUGCUGCUGAAGGCGGGCCUGGCAGAGGCGACGGUGCGCCAGCUGCUGCAGGCGCUUGGCACCGAGGCCUUGCCCUUCAGCACCCUGGUGGAUUGGCUCUGGACCGAGUCCAUCCCGGGCGAGCGCAUGGCGCCGCAGCCUUUGGCCGCUGCGCCCUCGGACAAUCGCGCGGAGCUGGCGCUGCAGACCUUGGCGCUGCUGGCGGCGGCGGCCAGCUGGGCGCUGAAGGGCGGUGACGGGGAGCUGCGAGUGGAGAACACCCCGAGCACCCCAGAGGCCUUCCAAGGCUUCACAGUGGCCUUCCUGGCCAAGGACAAUUCGACCCUGGAUGAGUCCGUGGCAUUUGCAUCGCAGCUCUCCAAGAUGAUGGAGGAGCUUCUGCUGAGCAGCGUGCAGCUGGAGCUGCUGCCGCGCGAGGAGGCCCUGAGCCGCAUCUGCUUCGAUAACUGCCGCGCCUUUGCGAGCUCCGCCAGGUGCAGCUCCAUGGCCCUCUACAAGGUGGCCCUCGGCGCCGGCGUCGGCGCCUUCUACACCCCGGCCGCGGCGCCGGUGGCGCAGCUGAGCUCCUGCCAGGUGCCGUGGAAGCUCGAGGCGCUGGCGCCAGGCCGCUUCAAGUUGCUGGGCCCCUCCCUGAAUUUGUCGGCCCUGGUGCCGGGCCACUUCGCGAAGUUGGGGGCGCCUUUGCCGCUGGACGUGGGCAUCCAGGAGUGCAAUGCCGCAGCGGAGGCUGGCCAGCAGACCAACAUGGCCCUUCAGGCAGAAACCCUUCAGAACAACACCUUGUCCGAGCUGAGCACCCGCAUCGCCGACGCAGCACGGCAGAAGAGCUGUGUGGUAGUGGUGGCUGGCCCCUCCAGCAGCGGCAAGACCACCUUCAGCGCUCGCCUGGCUUUGCAUCUCCAGGCUCGUGGGGUGGAUGCCCGGCCCCUGGAAUGCGAUAUGUACUUCAAGGCCCGCGCAGACCCCACGCAUCCCCGGGAUGCCAAGGGCGAGCUCAACUUCGAGGACCCCGGCUCAUUGCGCAUCCACAAGGUGAAGGAGGACUUGGAGGCCCUGAUGGCAGGGAAGCCCGUGGAGCUCCCAAAGUUCUGCUUCAAGACAGGAGAACCAUCCAGGAGAAGACGGGGAACAUCUUGCAGCUCCCGAAGCAGGCGGUGCUGA